AUGCAAGCUGAUAAAGUUUUUUACGAUGCUGGAAUGGCAUGCAGAAAACUGGGUACCGAGAAAGAGCGCUUGGCACUUACACUUUUAAACCAUUAUUUGGAUUUAUGUGACGCGAUUGAAGACCAAGAUCCAUCGCUCGUUGAUGGUUCUAUUUUCGACGGGACUGAUAUACCGCAAGAAGUAUUGCUUCCAGCUGUAAAAUACACAUCUGAUGAUGAACAUGAAGAAGUAAAGGAAUGGGUGCUGGCAAUAUCCAUGGAACAAAGUAUAGAACGAAGCCUACCCUGUGAUAGUAAUGGUAACUUUGAAGUAAGCCUGAUUGAUGCAAAUGGUACAUCUCACCCCGCAUGUCUUAUUUCAGGUUAUCCGAUACGUGGAAACAUCAAAGAAUUUGGAUCUUCUGGUAAAGCGGCCGAUCGUGAUACGUGGAGCCGUUUCAUCAUGGCACAAAAGACAAAAUCAACCGAAAGUAUAGGCGACAUAUUACAGUUCAUAGCAAAAUGGACAGGAACAACAACAUCUUUGGCGUUGUAA